AACUAAUGUAAAUAUUGAGGAAGGUCAGAUGUAAUAUGCUGAAGAAGUCUCGCUCAUGUUGUUCUUCACUGGUUUGUCCAAGUCUCACGAAACAUUUCAGAAAAUCCUUUGACAGGAGACGAAAUGAAACACCGAUUUCUGACACUGAAGGUCAGCUGGAAUCCUUCUCGCGUCUUUCGAUGACAAUGUCCGAAACGUCCCCGAUGGAGCUUUUUAACCCAUUGCAGGAAUUCAUUCACAAACACAAUGUUAAAGUUAACAGCGAGGAUCAUUUUCGUAACGUGAUUUAUGACCACGUUAUCGACACCAUAGAUAAUCGAAUCGAAAGCCAAGCAGGGUCGGUUCCAAAUGAACAUUUGCACCAAUAUGCUAGUAAUUUGUUCUUGGAGACGGAUCUAGGAAGCAAUCCGCAUCCGAGCGAAGUCAUCCAGUCUGAAAAAUGUGUGUUAGAAGUCAGAGUCCACAGAGCUCAAAAUCUUGCACCAAAAGAUGUUUCCGGCACUUCAGAUCCUUAUUGCGUAAUGGGGUUGGAACCCAGUGACCUUUUCGCCAAUUUACAAUCCAAGAAGCAUGUUGCACGGUAUGUUACAACAGUACAAAUGAAAAACAUCAACCCGGAAUGGAACGAAUGCCUUGAGAUUCCAAUAAAAAGGGAACAAAUUGAAAACACAUACUUACACAUUCAAGUUUGGGAUCACGAUGACGAAGAAAGCGUAACUUCUGCCAUCGGAGCUUUAAAAGACGUCAAAGGGGUUCGGGGAGUUGGAAGAUACGUGAAAGAAGUCGCACAGACUAUGUCGCACAGAAAAGAUACCCGCGACGAUUUUAUGGGUUACAGUUCCAUACCCUUGAAGAAUAUUCCUCUGGAAGGUAUUGACAAAUGGUAUACUUUACGAGCCAAUGGACCACUGCAGAGAAUUUCUGGCCGACUAAAGAUUGGACUGAGGGUAAUUUGUCCUCACAUGUUAAUGGCAGAAUCGAGUCAUCCGGGAAAAUCGAAAUCAUCCAUCCAGAUCAAUGGACGACGACUAAAAAAUGAAAUUUCAAACGAGAUAAUAUACGGAGGGAUGAUGACACUGAUAGUCAAUGGAAGACACAGUAUUUACAAAGAUCUUAUCAGCGAAGAUGAGAAUUCAAAACUUGAUGGCUGGGACGGACAAUUGCAAAAUGUUGAUGAAACUUUGCUGAGAGAAUUUGAGUUGCAAAGAAAAAUGAAUCGAUUGUCUUGCGCUAUCGCAAAAUGGGAAAUUUACUGCAUCGAACACGUUCAGAUGCCAGACGGAAUCCAGAUGAAAUGUAUGACAUCCAUUCUAAAAGAAGUAGAAUCUCGAUAUGAAGGAAAAGACAAAGAAAUCUUCCGACCUCUUCGUCCAUUAGCCGGACCCGGUGAAGAUCCGGAAAUAUUCACGUUUGAAAUGCUUCCACGAUCAUUUGACAACUUUUUACGCCAUUGCCACGGAAAAAUUGAAAAUCAUCGUGCUGUGUAUCCCAUAAAAGAGAACGAUACUAUAAUACGGCUUGGUGAUCUUCUCAUUUGUUUGAAAACGCUUCGAGAGAUGAAAGUAUAUCUCACAGCAAAGUUGGUUGAUACGACAAUGUUUGGAUCCGGUGAUAUAAGCAAAGAUAUAUCCAUGUCCUUGAGAAGUUCUAUGUCAAAAAUGUACAAAGAUUUAUGCUUGGAUCAUAAAGUUAUAUCUGCCAAUGUAGCCAAUUUGGACGAAGAUGACCCCAUUGUGGAAUACAACGUCGCUGGACUUGUGAAACUUGUUGAUGAUAUCCACACCGCUCUGAUGAAUGGACGACAGUAUUAUCAUCUUGUUUUCAAGAAGGUUCUAAAAAUCGACUACAUGGCUGUUGUAUUGGGAGCAAUAGGCACAAAGCUAGCAGAAGAUAUGAAAGAUAUUUUAUACAAAGUCAACAAUGCCAUAAAUGCAGUAGCGGAUCCCGUCGAAGAAGAAUCUUCGGACCAAAGUACUUCAAUGUUUCAACUCUAUCUGAGUUUAAGAGAUUUUUCUGAAUUUAUGAAUCAACUACUUGAAGGAGGAAAAACCAAUGAUAAAUACAGCGAAAUGUCGAUGAACCAGCUUACUAAUGGCGAAGAAAAAGUUAUCAAUCACAUUGAUGCCUUGAAAGGGUUUCACGAAUGGUUUCGCCCAACAAUUUUACGAUGGUUGCAGAUGUCCAGAGGAAGAACUGUCCAACGUCUAACCGCAGCUGUUCAACUAGAUAAAGUUCAAAGAAUGGACGAUAUUGUUAAACACAGCUCAUCUGCAGUCGAUGCGAUUGCAUGUUUAGAUUCGGUGGUAACUUUCUGGCUGCGAAUCAAAUGGCCCGACCUAAUGGAUGGAUUUUUAAUUGCCACGCGAAUCGCUGAAGAUAUAUCAAAUGGCGCUGAAUUAUACGCCGAUCUUGUUCAUGACAAACUCAAAGCUGUUGGAUAUUUUGAUGACGAAGGUCAAUUUGACGUCACUGAAGAGCUUUGUUUUGCUUUAAAUAAUCUUGAGAAAGUGAACAUGUUUUUGGACAGCGUUCUACACAAUAUGAAAAUUGACGAUCUAGCAAGGAAAAUAAAUGAAGUGGAUGAAGGGCCUACGGGUGAGAAAUUGAUGGCUUCCUUCCAAUCUUUGGUGCGAAAUGCAAAUGUUGGAAUGCGGAGAAAAAUUAUGGAAGUGACAUCUGUAGUUGGUAAAAAAAUGGAAACUGAUAUAAAGAAAUACAUACAAGAGUUUACGCAGAGUAUUUUGUCCGUCACGCCGAAGCAUAAAGAUGGUACGACUUUGAAUGGGCAUGAUUCUGACUAUGAUCUGAAUAGAGAAGAAUGGCAAAAUCUUGCCGAAGAUGCUGCAGGACCUCUCAUGCAAUAUUUAACAACGAAUAUUAUAACUUUAAAAGAAUGGCUUUGUGACUCAAAUUUCCAAAUAUUGCUCAGCGUUCUAUGGAAAGUCUGUUUGAGGAGCUUACAAGAGAUUGUGCUUGUGAAAUACAAAUUUCAAAAACCGUAUCUAUUUUCGCAGGCAAAAUAUAUUUUGCAAGGACAUCUCACUCCCUUUUUCAAUGCUGAAGACGAGGGAAUGAAAUUGAAAGACAUGUUCUCCGUUGAUGAAUACAUCGUUGUAAAUGCAGAGUUAAAAAUGAGAAGUGCUUCAUCACAAGAUUUGAUGAGACUGUACCUUGCACAGAUGUAUGAAGAACAGGAAUCUCUUCAAUCUUCGUCGUAUGGGACACUCAAUGUCUGUGCUUGGUAUGAUACGAAAACAAUGGAAAUAAAAGUUGAUAUAAUCAGUGCUGAAAACCUGGUACCGCGAGAUAUAAAUGGCCUGAGUGAUCCUUUUGUGCAGUUAACAUUAAUGCCCAGGAUGAUGUUUCCUACACAUAGACAAGUUCAAACGCUUCACAAAAAGAAAACACUCAACCCAAUAUUCGAAGGAGAGAGUUUUUCGUUUAAAGUUAAUUGCGAAGAUGCACAGCAAGACGGUACAAUGAUCGCUUUUACUGUUCUUGAUCAUGAUGUCAUUGGAAAGAAUGAUUUAGAAGGAGAAUGUUUUCUACCGAUGUGCAAACUUGACGGAUUACAGCAGCAAUCAUCUCCUGGUACAAAAGUACAACAGACCUUCAAUCUGCCACUAACUCAACCAAACAUGGAAUUAUCAAAUCAAGAACCCACGGACAAGAAUGAAAAAGAUACAACGCCAUCGUCAUCUCCUAAGCACACAGCGAAGUUGGUUCCGUUUGCAAUUUUGAAACUUCGAACGACUUUUGACCGAGAUGCAAGUGAAUUCUGUAGAUGGAGAAGUAUGAUGGAGAAUUGGACAGAAAGCGACGACGGUCCAACAGCUCCUAGUUUUAUUAAAGCAAUCCUCAAAUAGUUUUCUUUGAAUUUAGUUAGUCAACCAUAGUCCAGAUAUCUUUGUAAAUAUUGUAACAUAUCAUUAUUUAUCCAGCUGUGUACAUGGUACCCCAAUACAACUUCGAAUAUGGUUGUUCCGUUACAUAGUACGCAAGCAGUCAUAACCUAGAUAGAAUAUAACUGAAUAUUUCCGAACUGGGGGUUAGUGCAGUAGGCUAUCUGUAUUUCCACUCUGUAACAAAGUUGCGAAAAAAAAACCGAAAGAGAUAAGACUGUAAAAUUACGUAAUUUUAUACUUAAUUCUUCAUAAUGCAUUCCCUGGGAAAAUGCGCUACACGGUUUCAAAAAGUGAAGUUUUGCCAGUAUUGGAUAUGUGAUCUUUCAAGCUGAGUUUUUUGUCUUACAUAAUAUAGCUCAACUUUUUCCUGUCUCUGUUCAUCUCUUCAGUCGAUAUUUUGGGCUCGAUAAUAAGGAAUGAAUCAUGUUUAUGAGUCCACGUUUUUUUCCCCUUUUUAUUGUUAUUUGUUAUGUUUCUAUACAAACUUGGGAAUACUAUUUUCGGGGCUCCCGAAGUAUGCGAACCAAGAUGGCGGACAUCGGAAUGUAAUAUGUGUACUAGGUUAGGGUUAGGCCAUAAUUUUAGGUAUAAAUACUACGGGAGGCUCUUGGCUAGUAUUUGAACU